CCUUCGUUGGUAGUUAAAUAAUUUUUAUAUGAAGCAUGAGAAAGGUUUCUGAGGGGGAAGGUAAUGAAAAUGUUGCAAAUGGCAAUAACAAAAACCGAGAUCAUUUUUACUCUGACUUUGAGUGCAAUAUAUGCUUGUCCUCCCCCGUUGAUCCUGUAAUAACUUUGUGCGGGCACCUGUUUUGUUGGCCUUGUCUAAGUGAAUGGUUAGAAUACCAUGCUAAAUCCUUAACUUGUCCAGUCUGUAAAGCUAACGUUAAUCGCGAUAAUGUAAUACCCGUUUAUGGAAGAAGCAAUAAAAAUCCUCAAGAUCCAAGAACUAAAACACAACCUCCUCGACCCAAAGCUAAAAGAAUGGAAGGAAGAUCUUGCGGUCCAUUUACUCCUUCAGGCAGUUCAACUUAUGGUGGGAAUUUUUCAUUUUCCGCAGGGCUCGGCUUUCCGUUUCCUUUUGCAACAUUUGGUUUCCGGUUUGGAAAUCCCUUGAACGAUUUUUCUUAUACCAGAUUUCGAGAAGGCCGUAGUGAACGCGAUUGUCUUUACUCCCGUUUAUUGUUAUUGGCCGGCUAAAUUGUGGAAGAAUUCUACUAUAAAGUCGUUUUUCUAAUUGGUUGCC